AUGCCAGCCUCUGCGGAGAAUACUACCGUUAUUCAACAAAACAACACCUCUUCUUCUAACCCUAAACUUAAUCCUGUUGAUGCUAAACCUAAUCCUACACCUAAACCUAAACCUAACCCUUCUCCUUCGCAGCCUUUCGAAGAUCCUCUUGUGGUUCUUCCAGUUGAUGCUGCAACGAUUGCAUCACUUCCUUAA